AAGGUAGAAAUGGCUACUCAAGGUAAUAACACACAUUCUUAGUACAUAUUAUGUUUACUUCAGAUCUCUAAAAAAAUCAUCAUAUUAUACUCUCUUUAUAUAAACGUCAUCUUUUUAUAUUAAUUUAUUUCCUUGCACACUUUUAUCUUUUGCUUAGUAUUUUCAAUCUUACCAGAAGAUGGCGUUGGGAUUUUAAAUAGCUCUCUGAUGCUGCACUGCACAGUGUUUGACUCUGGCCCAAAGGCUCCUCCACCAGUGAAAUGGGAAAGAGACACUGGUGGUCUGGACAGCAGGAUUCAUCAAAUGACCAAUGGCUCACUUUUCUUUCCGCGCUUAAAAGAGGAAGACUUUGGAAACUAUUCGUGCAGUGCCAAGAGAGGGAACAAACAGAUUCAGACAACUGUCAUGAUCAGCAAAGCAUGCCUGGAAGAUGUGUUCUUUCACCCUCAGUCCAUAAGAACUGAAGAGGGACAUGAUGUGUUCCUUCAGUGUGUCUCUGGUGAUAGUUCUCCCCCUGCUCAGAUUUCAUGGUUGAAAAAUGGCAGAGUUCUCACCAAAGGAAACCAGAUUCAGGGACAGUAUGGAGGAGGGAGCCAAAGGAAGACUUCAGGCACCUUGCACAUGGCUAACAUCACUAAAACAGACCAAGGAAUAUAUAUUUGUGUCACCCACAAUCCUCUUCUGAACAUAAGCAAAGAGAGUCAUGCAGCAACUCUGACAGUGCAUGGUGUUGACAUAAAGGUCAUUGAGGGCCCACAAAAUGUCACUGUACCUGUUGAAAAGGAAGCAGCACUCCACUGCUUUGUUGAAGGCUUUCCCAUUCCCACAGUGCAGUGGUUUAAGGAUGGACGUCCAUUACCCAAUUCUUCUAGAUGGGAUCUGCAGAAAGAUGGACAACUGCUGAUUUUCAAGAGAGUUUUGUCAGAAGAUGAGGGGCUGUAUUUCUGUGAAGCUCGCAAUGAGAAGGAGAAAGUGAAAUCCCAACCAGCCUACCUCUUACCUGCAGUUAUGGAUUGGACCUUUAUGCUUGAACCUGCCAACCUAACAGUGAGGAAGGGUGAAUCUGCGACUCUGUCCUGUAGGCCUCCUCACAGCAGACCUCAAGCACAAGUGUCUUGGUUUAAGAACAACAAACUCCUCCACCCAGGACUGCAUUAUACUGCUGAUCCUAAUGGAGACCUGCACUUCCACAGUGUACAAGACACAGACCGUGGAUGGUAUUUCUGCAGAGCAUCUAAUUCCCUUCUCAAAAGGGCUAUUACCUCGAAAGAAAUCUUCCUAGAGGUUCAUGAACCUCCAUCCGUGACUAUCUGGCCAACGGUGAUAACGUCUCCUGUAGGAGCUGAAGUGACGAUUCACUGCCAAGUGUUAGGACACCCUGCUCCUUCAAUCAAGUGGUUAAAGCUAGGUCAGUCUGUCCAAACUGGAGGCAAAAUUAUCAUGGGGUUGAGAAACACAACUCUCUACAUUUCAUCAGUGAGAAAGCAUGAUGAAGGACAUUACACAUGCACAGCCUCCAAUGCACUGGGUCACGAUGAGAAAACUAUGACUCUUCGAGUUGCUGUGAAACCAGUCAUUGUUUCCUUCGUUGCAUCACUCACAGUCUCAGAGGGAUCUCCUGUUAGACUCCCUUGUAAAGCCGUAGGAGAUUUUCCUGUCAAAUAUACUUGGAUUAGAACCGCUUUGAUUCGAAACUCACAACUGUCUGAUCCAAAGUCUCUGGUCUCACUCCCACAACAGAUACGCAUUGAUGAUAAUGGGACCUUAGUCAUCUCAAAUAUUCACCAGUCUGAUUCAGGAGAGUACCACUGCACUGCCAAAAACAGAGUCGGUCAGGAUGUAAGAAGCGCCAUUAUAACUGUAACAGCUGACUCUGAUGUCCUACGUGAUAAAGAAGCACUGAGUAAAAUGAUUAUAACCACUGUUCCAGAGAGUGAACAAGAACUAUUUACUAAUUCCUUUCUCUAUGGCUCAAAGAUUCGGAACAAUACAGAGAUAAAAGAAUUGCUUCAGUGGACAACUGAAGUUUAUACAAAGAUAUCUUUGUUGAAUGCUUUUGUGGAGGACUCACCAACAUAUUUGAAUCUUGAAUCUACCCAAGACACUACAGAGUUGAUUUCACUGAAGCCAACUGGCAUUAGCAUAGGAAGUAAUGAUAACAUUAAAGAACGUAUUCAAACACAAAAUCCAACUGCUGUGCCCGUCAAACCAACAACAUCUCCCCAACUCAAAGAGACUUUUAUGCAGGAUACACAUCCACAUAUCCAACCAACGGACCAGGUCACUAAACCUCCAUUAAUGAAUCCAAUCACAAACAGCCCCUCGCCUGCAGACUCAUAUUCUCAGAUUAAAAACAUUCAAAGCUUUUCCCAGACUCCAGGCUUACCUUUAAUGGAUGUGGACAACUUCACUGUGGAACAGCAUCAGAAUAAGAGUCAAAGCAUUAAGCAGUCUGGAGGUACGAAAUCAUCGGUGACAAAUGACACAGAACUAGUUGAAUCACUCAAGAAAAACACCUCACAGGCCCCUAUGAAGACCACUGACAAUAAUAACAGAGAAAAGGAGAAAUCUCAGACUUGGUUGCCUGUGAUUGAGAAACAUGACAUUCCCAUUGUGGUUGGAGUAGGUGUUUCUUUGGCAUUCAUUUUCAUUGCCAUGGCCUUUUAUUCUCUGGUUCAGACAAAUGAUCCUGCUGCUAUGCCUACAGGGAGAGCAGCUCUGAGGUGUAUGGGUGGGCCUUGCAGACAUGGGGAACGCCUUGCGAUGGAAAGGACAUAUGAUAACAAAGCAUUUGAGGAUGAUAAUUUGGUGGCUGUUAUUGAACAAAGCCCCAAUAUAUCCGAGACAAGAGCGCUUCCAACAGAAAGCUGCCCAUCCACCAUGAUGAUAGAACCACCAUUAGAUGAUGUGCAAGAGGGUUUCCAUUCCACCCAUGACCUGCCAGUUAUUGUGGAGACUCACCCGGAGCCUAGAGAGGAGGACCAGCUGGAGACAAUAUUUGAGGAGGGGAAGGUGUCUCCCUCACCACAUUCUGACAUUCAGCUGCAGUGUAUGGAGGACUGGAGGAGCAGAGAAUUUGAACCAUGUCAGGACGCCCCCUCACCUCCUCCAGCCAAUCCAGCACCUGCCCAGGAGGAGGGUCUGCGGUCUUCCCUGACCCUCCAGACCACCGAUCCCUCCUCAACUCCUGUGCGCCACAGCAUUAGUAUCUCCCACGGUUUCUCUCCCCUCAUGCUGUCCCACUGCGUGUCUCUGGGCAUGACCUCUGUGGCUGUGGAUGUGCACUUCUACCCUUCGGCCCCCUCAGCAGCUGGCAUUCCUCAAUGCCCUGCUUUUGGGGCCCCCGGGCCAGCAGGUGAACACCAGGCUGGACCAUGAACUAUCUGCACCCUCUGCUAGCCACAGUAAAUAACAAGUGUGUUUAACAAAUAUUGAAGUCUCUUCUUUUUUUUUUUUAAAUCGCUCUCUUCACUACUGUCAGUUAGUUUAAAGAUGGGGUUGAUGCUUUUUCUCCCUCUUUUUUUUAAUGAUUGCCAUUUCUUAUAAUGUUGAUUUAGCGAAAGGGCACCUAAGGAGUCUGAGCUCAUAUGGAGCCAUGCGAUAGAAUUUCCGUACUUUCCCAGUACUAUGUACUAAAUUUAAAUUUGAUGUGACUUUUUACUGUACUGUACAUCUGCUGUACUGCACUGAAAAAAUACUGUUAAAUUUACAGUAAAAAAAUUAAGAAAUUUAACAUAAAGAUAAAGUGACAAUGUUUCCAGUAUCACCAUGGUGUGUUGGUAACAUUACUAGUGGUAUGUAACCGAUAAUAAAAAAAAAGAAGAAUUAUCUGUAAAUUAUAUGGCGAUACAUAGCCUAACUUCCAAAACCCAUAAAGUUAUUAAUAAUAUUUGACAGUAAAUUUACAUUUGUUAGAUGUUAAACCAUUUUUAAAAAUCACUAUAUAUAUAUACAAAAGUGGCAUUAGGUCUGGAAGAUAUAACUAAAAAUAUUUAUUUGGGCAAAAUCUUAUUUUUAUAUUAAUCAUCUCAAUAUUUGUGAAUUAGUUUAAAAAGCUUUUUUAAUAUUUCCUUUUUUUCAAUCAGAUGAACCACCAUUUCUUCCAUAACAGAUGUUUGGAAUGUUUAAUAAUAAGGUAAAAAAUACAUGUAAAAUUGUAGUUUGAAUAUUCAAGGAUUUUUUCACUUUAUGUUAAAUUAAUUAAAGAAUAUUUAAUCAUUUUAUUUAUAUAUAAGAAUAUAUAGUUACAACAAUAGGUACCAUCAUUAAUUUUUACUAAGACAUUUUAAUAUAUGAAAUAUUGACAUUUACAGAAUAACAACCAUGAAAUCUUUUGUGGUCUGUAUGAUAAAUAUAAUUCACUUUCAGCUUUUUGUUGUACUGUAUAUUUUUGUAGAAGGGAAGUAUGCAUAUGCAGACACAAGGAAUAUUUGCAGGUAACAUUUAUCAUUCAUCAGGUUCACAGACACUUUUUUUCAUAUGCCAAGGAAUUUAAAAUACUGCAAGUAAUUAAAUGUAUAUGUUAAUGUAUUUCUGAAAAUUAGAUAAUAUUCAGCUACUUUUCAAACAUAUUUUUAGGAAGUAUUUCUACGAGCCUAACCAUGGAAUUGUGUAAAAUAUUGUUGGAAAAGGUCUCCACUUUAACGGAGAGUAAAUGCAAUGAGAUCAUGGAACUUAAAAGUUGUAAAAUGGUUUAAUUGUGCAACAACUUGACUGUUAUUUCUGCUCGUGCCAAAGGUUAAACUACCCUUAACAUUAGUUAUUGCUGUGAACUGUAUUCUUAAACAUUAAUCUCACAAUUUUGGGAAUAUUGUACUUCAUGGGUAACCAACUGUUGUAAUUUCCUUUUACUGUAUAUAGAAGUAAAAUUUAUCAAAUAAUAAA